AGAAUAGGAAAACACUUACUACUGUCAUUGUGAUUGAACUUUGCUUUGCAACCAAUCUCCAGUCUUCCCCAAAUUCCCUUCGCAUAACCACAUUGCUUACAACUUACGACCUGCAAUUACUCUUUCCUUUCACUCACUCUCUUCGCUUUUCUCUCUCUCUCUCUCUCGCUCUCCGUCAACGACAAGAUGCAGAUCUUCGUUAAGACUUUGACAGGAAAAACCAUCACUCUCGAGGUCGAGACCAGCGACACCAUCGACAACGUCAAAGCCAAGAUCCAGGACAAGGAAGGUAUCCCUCCGGACCAGCAAAGGUUGAUUUUUGCUGGGAAGCAGCUGGAAGAUGGUCGCACUCUUGCUGAUUAUAACAUACAAAAGGAAUCAACGCUUCACUUGGUGUUGAGGCUUAGGGGAGGUACCAUGAUUAAAGUGAAGACUCUAACUGGAAAAGAAAUUGAAAUUGACAUUGAACCAACUGAUACAAUUGACCGGAUCAAGGAGCGUGUUGAAGAAAAAGAGGGAAUUCCACCCGUGCAGCAGAGACUCAUAUAUGCUGGUAAGCAGCUUGCUGAUGACAAAACAGCUAAAGAGUACAACAUUGAGGGUGGUUCUGUACUUCACUUGGUGCUUGCAUUGAGGGGUGGUACUUGUUAUUAAUAUACAAUGCAUAUGUCUCGAAAUCAGCUUGUUCAGACAUGGUCACUUGCAAGUUCUUGGUAAAUGUUUGAGUCGCAUCUGAACCUAAAGAAAUGAAAGGAAGCCCUAUACCUAUUCGUCUCUGAAGACCUCAUUGUUCUUUUAUGUGCUUGGUUUUUAUAAUUUUGAGGCUACUAUUGGUGAUCAGGAACUCAGUAUCUUUAAGUUGCAUGCUUAAACUCUAAGUUGGCCUUUCAUAAUGAAAAUGUCCGAACCAAUGAUUCAUAACCAAUAGUUGAGGAAUAUAAUUUGCUCUCAUAUUUUUCAAGGGUGCGCUGAUGUUUAACCUUCUAACAAUCCUGAUAGUGUCGGAGAAGUUUAUCUGCUGUAACUUUGUUUCUCAUAUUUUUGGAUGGUAGUGAUGGAUUAGUAUCGGAUUGGGUUCAUUGAGAUGAUUUUAAUGUUGGGUUGGUGUUCAAUGGGCAUUUGUAUGCAAUGUAUUCUGUAGCAGGCUAUGGCCCACAUCCAUGUAGUUUCUUGCUUUAUGCCCAUUCCAAAUUCGGUCAUCUGUCUCUUGCUUUCCCCAUCUGAUGUGCAUUAUGUGCAUGGGCCAUUUUUUUACAUUCUAGUUGGAUACAUUCUGAUUAAUACAACAAAUUGCUGGAGGG